AUGUCCGUCACCAUCACCAGGAAGACGGUGAGAAGCAGCUCGGUGGUACCCGGCCGUUCUUUCAGCUCCCACUCCUACACCGCCGGCCCCGGCGUGAGGAUGAGUACGGCUUCAGCCUUCGGGGGUUACGGUGGGAGCCGUUACGGAACCGGGCUGUACCGGGGUCCGGCCGUCGUGCCUGGGACGGGGGGUGGCAUCACGGCCGUCAGCAUCAACCAGAGCCUCCUGACGCCCCUCAACCUGGAGAUCGACCCCAGCAUCCAGCGGGUGCGCAAGGAGGAGAAGGAGCAGAUCAAGACCCUCAACAACAAAUUCGCCUCCUUCAUCGACAAGGUCCGGUUCUUGGAGCAGCAAAACAAGAUGCUGGAGACCAAGUGGAGCCUCCUGCAGAACCAGAAGACCACCCGCAGCAACAUGAGCGGGCUUUUCGAGGCGUACAUCGCCAGCCUGCGCCGCCAGCUCGAGGGACUGGGCCAGGAGCGCCUGCGCCUGGAAGCCGAACUGGGCAACAUGCAGGGGCUGGUGGAGGAGUUUAAGAACAAGUACGAAGAAGAGAUCAACCACCGCACUGAGAAGGAAAAUGAGUUUGUGCUGCUCAAAAAGGACGUGGACGAAGCCUACAUGAACAAGGUGGAGCUGGAGUCACGGCUGGAGAGCUUGACCGAUGAAAUCAAUUUCUUGAGGCAGCUUUAUGAUGAGGAGCUCCGGGAGCUGCAGUCUCAGAUCUCCGACACCUCCGUCGUCCUCUCCAUGGACAACAACCGCAGCCUGGACCUGGACGGGAUCAUCGCCGAGGUGAAGGCGCAGUACGAGGACAUUGCCAACCGCAGCCGCGCCGAGGCCGAGAGCAUGUACCAGAUCAAGUACGAGGAGUUGAAGACGACAGCCGGGAAACACGGCGACGACCUGCGCAACACCCGCAGCGAGAUCAACGAGCUCAACAGGCUGAUCCAGAGGAUCCAGGCGGAAAUCGAGGCGCUCAAGAACCAGCGAGCCAGCCUGGAGACGGCCAUCGCGGAGGCGGAGGAGCGCGGGGAGCUGGCCCUGAAGGAUGCCAGGGGGAAGCUGGCCGAGCUGGAGGCAGCCCUGCAGAAGGCGAAGCAGGAUAUGGCCCGGCAGCUCCGCGAGUACCAGGAGCUCAUGAACGUCAAGCUGGCCCUGGACAUCGAGAUCGCGACCUACAGAAAGCUGCUGGAGGGCGAGGAGAGCAGGUGGGGACACUCCGGCCUCGCUGGCACCCGCAUCCCACAUCCCAUAUCCCCCAAGGAUCCCGUGGGCAUCCUAUGGGCACCCUGCAUCCUGUAUGCUGCAUCCCGUGGGCACCCUGCGUUCCCCCCGGCCGGUUUUGGCGGGGGCUUGGGGGGGGGCUUCGGCACCUCUUUCGCCAGCGCUGGCUACAUUGUGCCCCCCCCCGCCCUGGAGAGCUCGCCCCUCACCAAGUCCCGCGCCAUCGUCAUCAAGAAGAUCGAGACCCGCGAUGGCAAACUGGUGUCCGAGUCCUCCGACGUCCUGGCCAGCUGA